GAUAAUAUACAAAUAUAAUCUAAUAUUGUACAAACAAUUGUAAAACGUGGACUAAACAUUGCAUAAACACAAUUAUCAUAAAGCUGGGACUUCUACAAUGAGCAAUAUGAAAUCGAAGGAAAUUUUCUCUUUUUCAUUUCUUGUUUUGAUUGCCGGAGGUGCAGGACUGUAUGUUGACCAGGGCGUACCUUACAACGACGGCCCUCUGAAGGUCGGAGAGUUGACGGUUUCUGUAACUGCAGACGACAGUCCAAAACACGUUAAAGCGUAUUUCCCUCUGGAGAUCGGCGACUAUGCAGUUGUUUAUUUCUUGGGCGGUCUGAACACACUGGUUCCAUCCGAGUUCUACAGCAUUUUCCUUACCAAAGUAGCGUCCCAUGGCUUCUUCGUCUUCGGUGUUGACUAUGACUUUCCAUUGAUGGAUAAAGGAUUUGAAAGAAAGAGAAUUGGCCAGGAUAUAGACAAAUACUUCAAAGUGCUAGAGUUUUUGAUCAAGUAUAUGGAUAAUCGAACCGAAGCCGUGCCACGCUGGGACUAUAUCGGCUUGAUGUGUCACUCCGCCGGGUGUGAUACUUCUGUGCGCAUGAUAGAGAUGGAAAAAUAUCCAUUCAUUUCAACAGCAUUUUUGGAGCCGUAUAGUCAAGUGAUUCGCAAGCCCGUGAACUAUACUAUACCCGCCCUUAUGUACGGUACCCAGCUGGCGGAGGAGGGGUUUCCAGCUUGUAAUAUCAAGGGAUACGACUUCGAACAAUUUUAUCAGCAGUGGAAAUGCCCGAGGAUAGCACUGGAGGCAGCUGACUUUGGUCAUUGUGACAUUUUGGACCCCCUUGGAUGGGAAGGCUGUCACAUAACUCACUUCUGUAAGACCACAAAUGAUACGAGGCUGGAUCUCUACCGUCAGUUUGUCCAGGGAGUGGCUGCCAGUUUCUUCGUGUCAACUCUACAAGGGCGUGAAGGUGUAAUCGAAUACAUAACUGAUCCGUCAAAACUUAUCUUAAAAUGUUUAGUGGCCAAGUCUGACAUUCAUUGCUGAGAUGGCAAAUGUGUAUUUUAGUAGUUUCUUUUAGAAGUCGGUUACAUAUAAAUAAUGGUUUCAUCCAAAUACGAAAAAAAGAAAAAGAAAAGAAAAUACCAAAAGUAUCUCAUAUUUACUGUAGCUUCGAAAAAUGUUUUAGA